UAGCCGCGUGCUCGCCCUCAGCCGAACAAAAAAAAAGCGGUCGCUGUGUAAAAAAAGCGCCUGGUCGCAUCAAAGUAAACACUGCAAUAUCAAUCUGCUUCUGCUCGACACUGACAACUUCCACUUGGGCUAGUAAUCACGAGAAUAUUCAAAGUUUGAUGUUGAUUCUUGUUUCUGCAGGAAAGCGCUAUGCGCAACGAAGUGCAGCAGGUGCCGCCGGCUCCGCCACAUUACAAGCUACUGCUCACGGAGCAACACUCGCUCCAAUUACCCAUCACGAGCCGAAUGCGUACGCGAACCUUCGAAAGCUAGACAGCGCUGAUGUGGAGAAGCAGCUUCGGAUCGACCGGGUGUUGUGUCAGAAGUACAUGCAGAGGCUCUCUACCGACGAUCAGAUUAACCACGGUGGUGGUUCCGCGACAACUUCUUCGCGGCAUCAUCGGGAUUAUUUGAAGCCGGCCUGUGGUGUCUACGAUGACAACUUCUGGAAUCACACUGAUUUGCAGCGGCCCUCAGGAAGAACAGAACAUAGACAAGCAGGAGCGCUGGAGGACAAGUUGGAUUUCUUCGCCAAAGACCACAUUCGCAUCCUGUCUGGCGGUUAUGGCUGGGUCGACCCUUUUCACGUUGUGAAUGUGGAAUAUCCUCCGCUCCUUCUAGAAUACGACUUCCGACCCCAGCUCGACGACUACCACAAGCUGCGGGCGAAAAAGCGGCCCAGAGCGUACACUCCCCCACAGCACGAAACGCAGAGAAUGCGGGAGGUUGAGAAGUAUCAAAAGGAAAAGACCAAGCACGCUCAGGGAUACCUGGCAGAGUUCUGGCGCAAUGAGCCUGGAUUCCGCGACAAAGUCUUGCGGGAUCUGAGAAGGGUGGACAGAGAAGACGGUGGAAAAGGCAAUAACUCUGGGCCACCCUACAGGGCUUUGAACUUGAACCUUCGGGAACACGACGCGAACUUUCUGCAGGAGCUGGUCGGGGAAAACACCCUGACACUUCUGCAAGUCACCUUCGCCGGCAUCCCGGCCCUGCAAGUGAUGGAAGCCAAGGGAGCACUGAUGCGGUGGCUGGUGGCAAAAAAAGUUCAGGAGUUUUCCCAGAUAAAGACGUUCGCGAAAGAAUACGAGGACUUUGCUUCUAGCACAGCGUCGUAUAAUUCUUCCGGUGGGGUUUCGGGUCGUCCUUUGUUCGACUUCAAAUUGCGGUAUGCAGAUGAAAACGAAAUUGUAUUCGAUGCGAGGUCGUUGGGACUUGCAGCUUCCCCGCCUCGACACGGAACGAGCACAAAUAAUAGCACGACAGUUUCUCUUCGUGCUGCUGCGUAUCACUGACGCAGUCCCAGCGCUGUUGCUGAAAUGAAUUUCAAGGUAAAACUCGCCUCAAAAUGCACAAUUGCACUAAACGGUAGCGAUCUGCUGCUGCACUGCACCUGUUUCUGGUUCUAUCUGGUGUCAUUGUUUGCACCUUUGCAAUUGCAUGGU